GCCGGCAGUGCGCGAGUCGUCGCCGCCUGCCGCGCCGCCGCUAUGGCCGCGCCGCGCCGCGAUCGCUGACCGCAGCGACCUACCGCGCCCGACACCCGCGCGACUAGUUCCGCGCACCGAACCUCGCCCCACACCCGGCGGCUCGGCGGCCCACACCUCGCUACGCCGCCGCUAGGUAAAGUAUCCGGCGAAUCCGCGGCUGUCGCUAUAGUAGCUAGCGCCUUGCGGCGCCCGCAUCGCUUCUAGUGCUGGCCCACGCUUUGUUCUGCGGUGUCGUUGCGCCGGGCUCGGGCGUCGCGCGCGACCCGCCUCGCGCCCCGCGCCCCGCGCCUUCCGCCCACCGUUCAUGACGAUACAUAGGUAACGUUAUCACGAAAACAGUAUAAUCCCGGGUCUAUUUUGCUACGUCACUACUAUCUUCUAUUAUCUGGACUUGAAUCUCAGCACUGGUGACUCCUUAUACCAACCGUCGUGUGUUGUUCAUCCAACUGCUCCGAUGCUCUAUCGGUGUCGGGGGCGCAGCGCGGGCGCGAGCGGCAUGCGGCCCCGGCGGCAGACGCCCAUGGAGGUCGGCUAGCGGCGCGCGCGCAGCCCCCGCGCCCGCACCCCCCGCCCCGCCCCGCCGAAGCCAUGGAACUCGCUGACGUGCCUCGACACCGACCCCUCGCCUUCGAUAAGAUGGAAAGUUUGAUAAAGGAAAUGCAAGAUCCAGAAUCCGGUGUACCUGUACGAAGUCAAAAAUUAUUUCUUAGUGUCAUUCCAUCUGCUUUUAUGGGAUACGAUCUUGUCGAAUGGCUAAUGGAACGGUUUAAUCUUGAUGAAACUAGCAAUGGUGAGUGUUUUGUAGCCGGCAGUGGGCCCUGGGUUGGGUCUCGCCGCAGGAACCCCGUAGAAUCUAGCUAUAUUGAGAAGUUCAAGUUGUAUCCCCAGGUGUUAAUAUUUGAAGCAAUAAAUUUAGCCAAUCAACUCUGCCAAUAUGGUUACUUCUUUCCUGUCAACGAUUUGAAAAACCUUGUGUUAAAGGAUGAUUCUUCUCUUUAUAGAUUUCAAAGUCCAUACUACUGGCCGUGGCAAGCUCCGAGGGUUGCCGGCGGCUCCGGGGCCCCCACUCUGGGCCCCGACAAUGUGGAGUACGCGAUAUACCUAGUGAAACGCACACUGCGCAACAAACAACGGCAUGGCCUCGAGGAGUAUGAACAAGAGGCACUCGCUAAUCUUAAGAAGAACCUAGCUGCCAAGUGGGAUUUUAUCACAAUGCAGGCGGAAGAACAGGUCCGAUUAGCGAAGGAACGUAAGAAAGGCGACAAGAUAGUGAGCGACAGUCAGGAACGCGCGUAUUGGCGCGUGGCGCGGCCGCCGCCCGGCGUGCCGAGCGCCCUGGAGCCGUGCCCGGUGCCGGUCCGCAGCCGCCACCCGCGUCCCAAGAAGCGCACCAUACACCAGCUCACCAGAGAGAUUGAACAUUUAAAAGCAAGCCUGGAUCGUACGAGAGUGAAGACUUCAAUUGCCCUAGAGGCCCUGUUGGCCUACUCGGAGACUUUCGCUCCCUACGAUCCCUGGCUUACCCCGCCACAACCUUCGAAUCCUUGGGUCAGCGACGACACUCUCUUCUGGCAGAUCAACAACCCUUUGGUGGAGGUACCAAGCGAGAAACGUGUACAGCGUUGGGCACUAUCGAUAGAAGAGUUGGUGUCAGACCCGACUGGUCUCCAAGAGUUCACUAGUUUCCUGCGCAAGGAGUAUUCCCAUGAGAACAUUCGAUUCUGGCUUGCUGUUAUGGAUUUACGUCGCAGUGGCACCAAACAAAUACCUAAGAAGCUCGAAGAAAUCUAUGCAGAGUUUCUAGCGCCAGGCGCCCCAUGUGAGAUUAACAUCGACGGCGCAACCGCGGAGCGCGUGGCCGAGGGCCUCCGUUCCGGUUCGCGGUUCGCACUUGACCACGCGGCCGGCCACGUGUACGGGCUGCUCCUCAAGAAAGAUUGCUACCCGCGUUUCAUACGCUCCGACCACUUCCAGCGGCUGCUGGCUGAAGGGAAGAAUGUACACCAGAAAAAAGCCAAAUUCUUCAACUUCGGCGGGCAAGUGAAGAAGAAGCCGGGUUCUAGCGGCAGUACGAGUGGCGCAGGCGCCAGCGCAACGCUGUCCCGGCGGCGCGGCUCGGAUCGCUCAUUGUCGGGUUCCGCGCACGAGCUCGCCGUCUGUGCCGCGCAGCCGCCGCGCGCGCCCGACCCGCCGCCGCACAGCCACUCGCAGUCCAACCUCUGCGACAUACCCUUCAGAGAUCCACUCGAUGAUGAUACCGCUGAAGUACUACCAUGGGAGAGUGUAUCUCGCGAAGGGGUGUACAACGUCGCGAGCAGACGUCGGCAGGACUCAACCGCGGACUCCGGUAGCUCGUCGUCUGACGUGAGCACAGCGGUGGUAGUGGGCGAGCGGACGCGCCGUCUGCCUCAACAGAGCACGCUGGACGGCGGGCUGCGCGGUGCGCCGCCGCCGCUGCGGCGCUUGUCUGCUGUCGAGCCGCGCCACCUCGCGCCGCUCGGCUCCCCGCCGCACUCGCCGCGCCCGCCCCGCCCCGCGCCCGUGCCACCGCCACCGCCCCCGCCAGCCGCCCCGCCGCACCCUACGCCCACCAUCAGCGUGAGCUCCGCGCCCGACGACGAGUCUCCGCCGGGCACCGGUUCCCCGGAGGAGUCCCGCUCGGUGGCGCAAUCGGACGAGCCGUCGUCGGUGUUCGCGUCUGCGGACGCGACCCCGACAGAGCCCAGUCGGCCCGUCCUCAAGCCAUGCGAAGAUCGGUGCGUGCUCGCCUCCGACGGGGCCGUCCCGCCCCCGGACCCCGGUUGUGAUGACUUUCGAACUGCAGUAACGACAGUGGAAGUGAGUGUGAGAUCCGAGUCGCACGACGACUCGACCGCCUCCGGCGCGAUGUCGGACUCGAGAGGUUCCGAGCGGACGAAGUCGUCCGAUGACGAAGUAGUCUCGGUGCGAGUAUCGCUCUCCCAGGAACCAUCAACGAUAAAAGAAAUCAGUCCGGCCUCAAGUAAGGAUACUAGUAGCAAAAUCGGCGAUCUUCCAGUAAGCGUUAACGAGAAGCAUGGCGCUACGGAGUCGGUCAAGCCGAUCGCCACCAGCACUAGUGUAGCGUGUGCAAUGAGCACAUCGACAACCGGACCGGCGUCGACCCCGACGCCGAGCCCGGCAUCGGAGCCGAUUCCGACGCCGACGCCAGUCUCCGUCCCGGCGACGGUCCCGGCGCCGACGCCGGCCGCGCCGCGCCCGCCGAUCGCGCCGCUCGCUGUCUGCGAGGACAUCGGGGUUGACGACGACAACGUAGACAAAGUGCCUUCGGCGCCCUUACAAAGGGUCUCGGGUCCCACCGAGGCGACGUCCGAGUCGGACGCGACGAAAAAAAUUGCUCAUACAGACGAACUGUCGUCGGUCUCUGAACCCAAUAUUGUUAAGCGUGAUAAUAACAGCGGCAUCGGUGAGCAUAAGCAGCGGAACGACAUUUGUCCCUGGGAGGACGAGAAUUCCUGUGAGAGUGAUGCUCCAUUUGUUAAAACUUAUGCAACGCUCGGUUAUUUAUAAUUUUUGUAGGCGAAUAUCAACAAUAUUUUAUGAUGUCAGGGUUAUAGAAAGAAAUAAUAUUUAAUUUUUUAUCUUAGAUCCUAUGUUCUAAUUAUCACAGACUUAGGCCAUUAUUAUGUAAUUAUAUGAAUAUUUUAAAGUAAAUGAUCGUUAAUUAUUAGAAA